AUGGCCUCCCCCGCUCUCAAUGUCACUGAGGCCGCCACGGCUGCUCAGCCCAACAUGGGCGGGGCUCAAUUCGCCUCCCAUACUUGGGUGGAACCCAUUAUUGUCGUCUCAAUCAUGAUCACGUCCCUCACGGUCAACCGUCGACGAGGCUUCCGGAUCAUCGAUGCUCACCGAGGACGAUCACCGACCCGGUCAUUGCUGCCCAAUAGCCACCUUCAGGACUUUUCGCCCGAUGGCUCUACCGAUUCCGACUCGUACAUAUCCACCGACUCGGAUGUCUUCACCUCGUCCAAGCACCCGCCCAAGAAGCGGGAUUGCUGUGGUAUGGUCGUCCAAACCCCGAACUCAUCCCGGUUCGCCGACCACGUCCACUCGCGGAUUCUGGCCAAGUUUCCCUUCCUGAUUGAAAUGUUCUACUGGGUUUUGAACCUCCUGUUCUACACCCUCACCAAAGCGGUCGCCCAAGUCACCUUUUCCGGGUACGGCGGAUUGCGCCAACUGGCCCAGGACCACGGCGUGCUCAUCCUGGACAUCGAGCACAAGUCCUGGUUGCGUUUCCUCUUCCCCAUCUGGGAGAAUGAGUUUCAAGCUUGGUUCCUCAAUGGCCACUUGACCACCAUGACUUUUUUGAAUCGCAUCUAUUCGCUUGUCCAUAUUCCCGGCACUGUGGCCUUCCUGUCAUGGUACUACUACGCUGCGCCCAACCACUCGACUUUCGCGACAGUACGCCGAACCAUGACACUCGGUAACUUUGCCGCCUUCUCUAUCUUUACUUUCUACCCGUGCAUGCCUCCACGGCUCCUGCCCGAGGAAUAUGGUUUCCACGACACCGUGCGCCAAGCCAACGCCGAAUCCGUCUGGGUCGGUGGCAACUACGUCAAUCAGUUGGCCGCCAUGCCAAGUCUGCACUUUACGUACGCCUUCGUCAUUGGUUGCACGUUCAUCUACCACUCUGGGGUCUUCCGCCGUGUUGGUCGCAAUGAGCCCCGGAAAUCAGUCGUCUGGCAGAUAUUCUUCCUCGUGGCGGGAAUUUGCUAUCCAUUGCUCGUCUUGACGGUCAUCGUGGCAACGGCCAAUCACUACUGGCUUGAUGCCAUAGUGGCCAUGUGUACAACCACGACGUCAUUGCUAUGCAACAAGGUCUGGAUGUUCUUAUUGCCGGCGGAAGAUAUGCUCUGUUGGGUGCUCAGAGUCGACAAACCUCUUCCGACGACGGGAGACCGGCUGCAGAGACAAGGAGCCCGUUAUCAUGUGGUUAGAGAUGAGGAAGAGCCUUGA